AUGUCAACCGUACUCGUCCAAGGGGCAAGCAGAGGAAUAGGACAAGCUUUAGUUCGCACUCUCCUCUUACGCACUCCCUACGAUGUAAUAGCAACAUGUCGCGACCCUGAAACUAGUCAAAGUCAAAUUACGUCCACACUUGAUUCGUCACUCCUUCGCCGUCUAUUCGUUUAUAAACUGGACGUGACUAAAGAAAACACUAUCAUCAGUUGUUCUGAACAAGUGAAAAAGAACCACGGAGAAAAGCCAUUAAGAUUGUUGAUAAAUUCUGCUGGGAUAUUACAUAUGGACGAAUCGCUGGAUCAAAUCAACGUUGAUCUGAUGGCUGAAAACUUUCAAACUAAUGCUACUGGUAGUCUAUUGGUUUGUAAGCACUUUGUAAAGUUAUUAGAUAUGGAUUUGGAGGCACACCGCGAAGAGCAGAAUGAAGUUGGAGAUGCAAUGGAUUUAUUGCCGAAAUUCGCAAUUGUUGCUAAUCUUUCUGUUAAGACCAGUAGCAUUACGGAUGGUUUAUUGGGAGGGUGGUACUCCUACAGAACAAGCAAAGCUGCUUUAAACCAAUUGACGCGAACUCUUUCGAUCGAAUUUACACAUCGUAAACAAAAUGCAAUAUCUGUUGCACUCUAUCCUGGCAUAGUUGACACCGAUCUAUCGAGACAAUAUCUCAAGAAUAAGCCAAUCGAUAAUGUAUUUACACCAGAUCAGAGUGCAGGAUACCUAGUAAACGUUAUUAAAAAUUUGAAGUUAGAUGACUCUGGAUUUCUACUCACAUGGGAUGGGGAAAAGACAACUUUUUAA